AUGCCACCGAAGAUCCCUGCAUGGGUGGCGGCCAAAGCACGCGCCGGUGCCAAAGCCAAGGCGGCGGCCCGCACGAGCCCCAAGGCAAAAGCCAAAGCCAAAGCCAAAGCCAGGGCCGAGAAGCCUGCGCCAGCGCCCAAACGCAAAGCCUCAGGAAGCUCAGACGCAGGUAAGCUGCGCAAGUCUAGCUCUGGCGAUGUGGGCAAGGCCAAAGCGGCGCGCAAGAAGGGAGGAGGGAAGAAGCAGGUGGAUGACCAAGUUCCUGGAGCAGGUGGCUACAAAGUGUACCAGGACUACUCUGUGAAACUGAACCAGACCAACGUGAAGGGAAACAACAACAAGUACUACAUCAUCCAAGUCCUAGAAGGAGGCGGUUCCUAUCACGCCUGGAACCGCUGGGGGCGCGUGGGCGAGUCCGGCGCCACGAAGUUCACCUCGUUUGGCAGUCCUGACCAGGCCAUCAAGGCCUUCAAGUCCAAGUUCCGAGAGAAGACCUGCAAUGCUUGGGAGGAUGCAGAUGACUUCAAGCCCAGGAAAGGGAAGUACAUCAUUGUGGAGACGGAAGACGCGGCCGGCGGUGGCUCUGCACCCAUGGGAAAGCUCACAGCUGCCCAGAUCGCGAAGGGCCAGGCGGUCUUGGACAAGAUCGCGGCGGCGAUGAAGAAGAAAGGCGCUGACCUGGAUGACUUGUCCUCGCAAUACUUUUCCUUGAUCCCUCAUGACUUCGGUCGUAAACGGCCAACGUCCAUCAAGACCCAAGCUUUGCUGCAGGAGCAACAGGAGCUGCUGAAGUUCUAUUUGCGGAUGGGUUUCGAGGAGGUCGAAAGCAGCGCCAUCUCCCCGGUGGAGGGCCUCCCUGUCGGACGCCGCUGGGGCCGUGAGCGACAAGUUCAGCAUCAAGGAAAGCAGUGA